GACUUCACUCCCACCAACUCAAACUAAACGUGCCCUCAUUAACCUCCCCUUUCCGACGCAACUUCCACUUUUCUUCUCCUUAUCCCUCCAUAUAUGAAUAACCAUCUCCCUCUUUAUUCACUUCAUCACUCCAAGUACCUCACUCUCAUUUCUUCAAUUCAACUCUCUCAACAGCCCAGAACCACCACCACCUCUCCAAAACACCACCGCCUUUCUUUAUUACCUCUCUGCUCACAAGUCUCAUCAAUUAUGGCACUUGAAGCUCUAACUUCCCCAUCAACAAUCCCGAUUUAUGAAGAUGAUCACAGUAACUAUCUAGAUCAAUCAUGGGCUAAAAGAAAGCGAUCAAAGCGUAAUAUCCAUCGCAUGGAGAACAGUCAUAUCAGUAAUCCGACUGAAGAAGAAUACUUAGCUCUCUGUUUAAUUAUGCUCGCUCGUGGAAGUACCGACAACAGUAGUACUAAUCUUCCUGUCUACAACAACAGCUAUGCGCCGCCACAAGCCCCGACUCUGAAGUUGAAUUACAAGUGUUCAGUUUGUAACAAAUCGUUUCAUUCUUAUCAAGCUUUAGGUGGGCAUAAAGCUAGUCACCGGAAGCUCAUCGUCGUUGCCCCCGGAUCAUCAUCACAACAGGAAGAUCAGUUAUCUACAUCAACCACUACUAGUACCACUACAACUUCAGCUGCGAAUAUUUCAUCAAGUGGUAAGACCCAUGAGUGUUCGAUUUGUCAUAAGUGUUUUCCAUCUGGACAAGCUUUGGGUGGACACAAAAGAUGUCACUAUGACGGUGGGAGUAGUAUUACUGCUACUGCUGCUAGUUCUGAUGGAAUGGGUUCCACUCAAACUCAUAGAAGUAGUUCUGAUUUUGAUCUGAAUUUACCAGCUUUGCCUGAAUUUUGGUCUGCUGGUAACUUUGGGGUUCAUGGGAAGAACAGCAAGUAUCAGAUUUUUGCUGAUGAUGAAGUUGAAAGUCCUUUGCCUUCGAAGAAACCUCGUUUGUUGAUGGAUUCUUGUUGAAAUUUGAAGAAAAAACAGAGAUUAAAAUUAGUAGAUUUCUCACAAAAUAUAUGUAUGUAAUAUUUCUUUUUUUUUUUGGUUGAAUUAUUGAUUAUUUUUGAUCAAUUUAUUUUUUAUUUUUUUGGGGGUUUAUUGGAUUGAUUGGUUUUGUACAUAGAAUUAAUUUUCUGAAUUAUUCAUGAAUAUCAAAGUUUGGUAGAAAGUAAUUAGUUCAUACUUAUUUCA